GAAAAAAUUCAAAUUAUUUUUGAUAUUAUUCAUGCAGUUUGUGAUCUCCAUAAGGAGAAUGUAAUUCAUAGAGACUUGCAUUCUAGAAAUAUAUUAUUUGAUCAAUUGAUUCAAAAGUUCCGAAUUAGCGAUCUUGCAUUUUGUGGACCUCCUAAUAAACCUUUAAAUAGUAUAUAUGGAAAUCUUCCUUAUAUUGCACCUGAACUCUUGUGUGGAAAAGAAACUACUUUUGCGUCUGACAUAUACAGUGUUGGUAUGCUUAUGUGGGAAAUUUCAUCCGGACAACCACCUUUUAUUUGUAAACAUAAUUACGAUCUUGCAAUAGAGAUAGUAAAUGGAAUAAGGCCAAAAAUAGUACCAGGAACUCCUUUAAAAUAUAAAGAGUUAAUGGAAAAAUGUUGGGAUGCUGAUCCAACAAAAAGGCCUGAUAUUAAAACUCUU